CUGGGCUUCAGUGCCCCUCUCUCACUGAUCUGGACGUCCGACGAGAGCGCGACGAGCUCGAGGCUUGCGAGAAGGAAAAUCUGAGCGAGGGCGAUCGAGUCGAGUGGAAUCGAAGCGAGAGCUGUGGAUAUGGGAAUGGGUUCCAGAGCUCCGGCACCGGUGCGUCAUGGCACACCUGCGGCGAGCGACGCGGAGGAUGCAGCAGGAGGAGGAGGAGGAUGCAGCAACAGGUUCGCGUGCAAAGUCGUGUACCACCUGAUUUUCAGCCUGAUGGUCAUGGCGGCGAUCGUCUUCUUAUUCAUCGGCAUCUUCGUGGAUUGGGGUUUCUUCGUGCUGAUUGGCCUCGACGCCAUCCUCGCGGGCCUUCUCUGGAGCACCUACUGCUGCGUCUUCGGGUGCUGCUGUGGACCUCUCGGGGCUUCUCGACGCCCUCCCGCUGCUUCCUCCCUCCCUGUCACCGGCAUCCCCAUGCCUGCUCCCUACCCUCCUCCUCCUCCUCCUCCUUUGCAGCAGCCCCGUUAUCCGGUCGUCCAUCAGCAGCUGCCGUACCAGCCGGCCCCGUAUAACACUACGCCUCCGAUCGCCUUCCAGCCCACCGGACCUGCCGGUUACGGCCACAAUGUCGCUUAUCAGCCUUGAGGGAAAAUCUCCACGAGUUCAUGGAGCCAAAUUCGUGCUCGGUGAUCAUCGGGGAUUAGAAUUGCGAUUGGGAUUGGGAUUGACACCUCGAAUGACGUUCUGAGCCAUGGAUGGUUGGUUCCAGGAGUUGGAUCGGAGGCCCUGUUAGACAUGCAUGCAGACUGAAUGUCGACUGAUUCUUAGGAGGAGCCCUGUAUGUAAGAAGCUCAAGCUAUUUAGGAUUCAAGUCCGAGAGCAUCGGAUGAGGCUCUGCUUUCCUUUCACACCUCUGAUUGUUGUAUAUUACUUGUAACACGAAGAAGCUUUGUCUGUCUGACAGGCAUGUUGUCGAAUGAGCGCAAACAUUUCAGAGACUUGCACUCUGAUGAUGAAGAAACGAGAGUCGGUCCGUCGAUCAGUCGGCUUCGAUGCAUGACAGGCUCGCAUUUUCUCAGUCGUGUGACAGAAUUAUCCUCCUCGCGAGCUUUCAUCUUCGGCCAAACCCUAGACUUCGUUACCACGAAGGUGGGCGGCAGGAAACUGUCGUGUGGGGAUGAAGAAGGCAGAAAUCCGAAGAAAGUUUGAAGUUGGCGAUGUCGAACGAUGUCGUGCUGCUGAGUUUGUCGGAUGUUCUUGAGUGAGAUCUCGAGCAAGAUGUCGUU